ACGUUGACCAUAUUCCUCGCUGUGUAUACAGCACGAUCUCAAUGCAUGCAUGUACAUGUUGCAUUGCCAUAGACGAGAUGGUGCAAUACUCGAUUCGACAUUCCAGGGACAGGGUUUUUCUCUGUUUUGAUGGCAGUGGCAGUUCUGGACAGGAGCAUGUAUAUAGUCGCUUGUUUCACUAACUGAAAAUCAUUUAGAUGUACGAGAAUCCUCAGUUUUGACGUCUUGUUUGUUUCCUAGCUGCCAUGAUCUAACUCAACAUGAACGACAUUCGAUAAUUAUUUAGCAACUGUUUUCUGCACGCAAUCAUGACAAUGCAGCAGUAAAUAUGAAUUGAUAUGAUUAUGAGAUAGCCUUCGCUUUGCCUUUUUGUAGCAACAUGCAGUGAAGGGAUUCAUCCACUUGCCUUGUUCAAGUUGUCAAGAUCUAACGUCAACGUUGAACAUUAAUUUCCUAAACUCUUCAUUCUUGACUAUCUUGAGCCUGUUAUUGAGGUGAAUAUUCUUUAAGGAGUUUGCCGAGUUUAGUAGAGCAAAUCCAAGAUGGCAUCUCCAGAAAGAACUAUCGCUAAAGAUUUCAUGGCCUUGAUGAAGAACAUCAAGAGCUUUUCAAAUGGCCAGGCUGUUGUCACAAAGUGGGAUGAUAAAAAUCUGGGAAAUUUUGAAGUCACUAUCUCUCCCAACGAUGGAUGCUACAAGGAAGGGGAGUUUGUAUUUGAGAUUUCCAUGGAAUCCUGCGACGAUCUCCCAAGACUGAACUGCAAGACUGCCAUCUACCAUCCCAACAUCGACACCAUCCAGGAUCCUGACGGGGAAAUAUGCAUCAAUCUCUUUGACCUUGAUAUGUGGAACACGAACUGCAGCAUGCAGGAUGUCGUCCAAGGUCUGCUCUUCUUGAUGUACAAUCCUAACCUUGAGGACCCUCUAUGCGGCGCAGUGAACUGUUCUUCCAUGGAAGAAUUCGAAGAGGAUGUUCAGACGGCUAUAGCUGGUGGAAGGGUCGGGGACUAUCUGUUUCCGGUGAACCCCCGAUAUGCAAGACUGCAUCCUGCUGCGGAUGAGGAGAAGAAGGAGGAGGAAGAUGAGAAGGUGGGGAAGAAUGAAACAGUUAAUGGAGAGGAUGAAAGACCAAAGGAUGGAGAGAGGACUGGAUUGAUAGAAGAAGAGAAGAAUGGAGAUAAAGAUGAAAGGACAGGAGCGAAUGGAUGUAAGGAAGACCUUGAAAAGAAGUCAGAGGGCAAUGCUUUCCUUGAGGAGAGAUACUUCGGCAUCAAAGAAUACAUCCAUGAUGAUGAAGAUGAUUAUUGUGAAAAUGAAGAGGAGGAUGAGGAGGAGACUGAUGAUUCCUCUGUGUUAACUGAUCUUGAUGAUCCCGACAAUGACGACACUGACGUCGUUCACGAUGAGGAGCUCUUUGAACUCUUUGACAAGGUUGAUGAAAGCAUUGAUGAUGAAAACCGCAAGAACCUGGACAGCACCGACGUUGUCAGCUGGAGCAAAAUGGUGUACGGGGCUGCAAACAAAUCACACGUUGACAAAGUCGGAAUACUAAUCGAGGACGUGCCUGCUGUUGAAAACUCUUCUGAAGUGGCUAGUAAAGAAGCUGGAAAUGCUGCUGGUUCAGCAUUGACCAGAAUUCCUUCAGGGAUACAGAGACCCACCGUUACAUCAAGGUUCUACUGUGCCCUACAAACACGUGCCUUCAGACGAUGGUUGGUUUGAUGAUAAUGAUUUGCAUUCAUACUCCAAUUUUCAGGGCAAAUAUGAAUGCUAUUUGGAACAUAUAGAAAAAAUACAAUAAGUAUUUAUAAAUGCUUGGUUUUUUUAUAGGCUCAAGCAAGAUAAAACUCUAGAAAGCCUUAUAUCAUGGAACAUAAUAUAGAAAAUAGUUAACAAGAAGUACUUAUGCUUAUUGACUCAAGCGAGCUAAAAGUCAAGAAAGCCGCAUAUUUUUUCAUGAAUUACUCUUCUGCAGUGUAUACAAACCCAGAAACAUUAUCUUGUUGAUUAAAAGUCAAUCUUAAAUCUCUUUUUUUGUGUAUUGUUCAUGUUUAAGAGCACCAUUUAACAAUGGGUAA